CUGUUUCUCUUCCAGUUUAAUCCAAAUCUUUCCUUUGUUAAGUUUAAAUAAUUUAUUGGGUGAAAAUGUCAACUCAUUCAAUUGAAACUCGAGCGAUUCAUGAAGGACAAGAGCCCGAACAAUGGACUCAUCGUGAAGUUAUUCCCCCGAUCAGUUUAGCGACCACUUAUAAACAACCUGGACCUGGUCAAGCAUUGUCUUAUGAGUACGGACGAAGUGGUAAUCCCACCCGAUGUUGUCUCGAAAAAUGUUUAGCCUCCCUUGAGAACGCUGAAUAUGGUUUUUGCUUCAGCAGUGGAUUAGGAGCGAUUACAACAUUAACUUAUCUCCUUAAAUCGGGCGAUCACAUUAUCUCAGGUGAAGAUGUCUAUGGUGGGACUAACAGGUUGUUCACUAAAUGUGCUGCUCGAAUGGGAUUGACCACAAGCUUUGUCGAUGCUCGAGAUAUAAACAACAUUGCGAAAGCAGUUAAACCCAAUACAAGGUUAAUCUGGAUGGAAACUCCCACUAAUCCAACCAUGCAAGUGGCUGAUAUCAAAGCAACAGCGGAUUAUGUCAAGACUUUGGAUAACGUGAUCCUCGCCGUCGAUAACACUUUCAUGUCACCUUAUUUCCAAAAGCCGCUUGAUUUAGGUGCUGACAUUGUCCUUCACUCUAUGAGUAAAUAUAUCAACGGACAUUCUGAUGUUAUCAUGGGAGCUAUCAUGACAAAUCGAUCAGAUCUUGCUGAGCAAUUAAGAUUCUUCCAAAAUGCUUUGGGUGCUGUUCCCUCACCAUUUGAUUGUUUCCUUGUUAAUCGAGGAGUAAAAACUUUAGCAGUUCGAAUGGAAUGUCACCAGAAAAAUGGCCUGGAAAUCGCUAAAUAUCUUGAAUCGCACCCGAAAGUGGUUAAAGUUUACCACCCUGGACUUGUCAGUCAUCCACAGCACGAACUUCACAAGAAACAAUGUUCAGGAUCAAGUGGAAUGAUUUCAUUCGAGAUCAAAGGUGGAAAAAAAGAGGCCUCAGAAUUUGUCGCUAACCUUAAAAUUUUCACCUUAGCUGAAAGUUUAGGUGGCAUCGAAUCGCUCAUUGAGAUUCCCUCUCUUAUGACUCACACUUCAGUUCCUGAGGAGCAAAGGAAACACCUUGGAAUCAGCGAUUCAUUGGUUCGAGUUUCCGUUGGAAUUGAAUCAGUUAAAGACUUAAUCGCAGACUUGGAUCAAUCAUUUUCUAAAAUCUAAUCUAUCAUACGAUUGAUUAUCCAACAAUCAUUAAGAUUAAUAUCGUUAUAUUGUUUUUUUUUCAUCUAAAUGAUUAGUUGCAAUCUAAUAUACCCAAUCAAUCACAAUUGAAAAGUAUAAUAAUCCUUUGAUUUAAUGGUAACAGUUUCAAAUAAAUGAAAUUUAUGGUCAAUAAAAGAAACCAUAACAGUUUAUUGGUUUAGCUUUAAAUUUA